UCCCGCACACUGCAUGUUGAAAAAGAACGUCAUCUGCCUCAUACAUUUAGCUUUAGCCAAAAUUAGCUAGUUGUUCAAGUCUUAGAUCCACCUUACCCAAACGGCCGUUUUUCUUUCCAAACGACAGCCUGCGUAAGGGUUAUCUGUUUGGUGCUCCUAGGGUUUAAAGUGCCAACCAUGUACAUAAAAGCAUUACUUCGAUGCAGAGACAUGCUGAAAGGAGAACUGUUCGUGUGAAAUGCUGGCUAGCCGUCCGAAGCUAGCUGACGAGCAGGGGCCGACAAACGAAAGUGGCUAACAUUAACGAGAGAUAAGCCUAUCACAACAAGCCUGAGUGCUGUAACAUACCUGCCACUGAAGCCACGGGAAGAAGGACCGAUAGGGAUAGUUCAUUUCCAACAAAUUAGCAGUGGGUCUCCUGAGGCAGAGCCAUGGGUGCGUUUCUGGACAAGCCCAAGACAGAGAAGCACAACUCGCAUGGUGAGGGAAAUGGCCUACGCUAUGGGCUGAGCUCCAUGCAGGGCUGGCGAGUGGAGAUGGAGGAUGCUCACACAGCUGUGUUAGGACUUCCUGCUUCUGGAAUGAGUGACUGGUCCUUUUUUGCUGUGUAUGAUGGCCACGCUGGCUCAAGGGUUGCCAACUAUUGCUCUAAGCAUCUUCUGGAACACAUAAUCAGUGCUAGCUUUGGGCUCAGAGGUUCACAAGGGUCCCAGGCUGGUCCAGACAGCGCCACCACUGACCCUCCAGCAUCAGUUCCUCCUACAGUGGAAGCUGUGAAAGCCGGGAUCCGGACAGGCUUCCUGAGGAUUGAUGAGCACAUGCGCAGCUUCUCUGACCUUAAAAAUGGCAUGGACCGUAGUGGCUCCACAGCAGUGGGAAUCAUCGUGUCACCCGAUCAUUUCUUUUUCUUUAACUGUGGCGAUUCUCGAGCUGUCCUAUACCGCAAUUCACAGGUGUGCUUCUCUACACUUGACCACAAGCCUUGCAACCCACGCGAAAGAGAGCGCAUUCAGAAUGCUGGUGGCUCAGUGAUGAUUCAGAGGGUUAAUGGGUCACUGGCUGUAUCGAGGGCCUUGGGGGACUAUGAUUACAAAUGUGUGGAUGGGAAGGGCCCCACAGAGCAGCUGGUUAGCCCUGAACCAGCAGUGUGUGAGAUGGUUCGGGCCUCGGAGCAGGAUCAGUUUAUAAUCUUGGCGUGUGAUGGCAUUUGGGAUGUCAUGUCCAAUGAGGAGCUGUGCGAGUUUGUGAAAUCUAGGCUUGAGGUGUCUGAUGACCUGGAGAGAGUCUGCAAUGAAGUGGUGGACACCUGUCUGCACAAGGGGAGUCGGGAUAACAUGAGUAUUGUGUUGGUGUGUUUGCCCAGCGCUCCUAAAGUGUCAGAGGAUGCUGUGAGGAAAGAUGCAGAACUCAACAAAUAUCUGGAGACUCGAGUGGAAGAGAUGCUGUCUCGGCCAGAGGAGGUGGGGUUUCCGGACCUCGUAACAGUGAUGAGGAACCUGUCCACUGACAGCGGCAUGCCCACUCUGCCACCAGGGGGAGGCCUCGUCAGCAAACGUAAUGUUAUUGAAGCAGUAUACAACCGUCUCAACCCAUACAGGGAGGAGGAUGGGAGCGGAGCGGAGUUGGAGUGGUAGCUGUCCAGCACAACUGCCUGAUCAAAAAAAAAAAAAAAGAAAGAAAGGAAAAGAAAAGAAAAAAAAGGACCACUUUUCCACACAAGAUCACAUCCAUUGUCAUCUUUAAUUUCCUCUGGGAUUUUUUAAGGUUUUUUCCCCGACACUGACAGAUCAAUUGAAGCAGAGAUUUUUUGUUUUGUUUUGUUUUGUUUUUGUUUUUUUUCUUUAAAACAACACAUGUAUUGUGAAGGACUACAGAAGAGAUUUUGGGGGAAACAAGAACAACUGCAUUGAUGGUCUGAAAUUAAAACUAAAUAGUAUAUACAUCAGAGGAAAAAGCAAACGGUUUUUUGCUUUUUCUUGCUUUUUUUGCUUUCUUUGUGGUGGUUGCUUUUGUUGUUACUUGAGGGACUCACAGGAGCAGCGCUGCUCUGCUCUUUGGUGCCUUCCUCACAACUGAGAGAGAAAAGACAAGACCUCACAGCUCAGCAGCCAACCAGUCUUUACCCAACCAGCCACUCCUGGAUAACAUACUGAAUGGACUUAAGUUGUUUGUUGGCUGCUUUUUUGGCAUUAUUUGUUUUGGAGUGUGAACUUUACUUGCACCUGACUGGCAGCCAAUCGACCACACAAUAAUAAGACUUCCACACACCUCAAGCUACGCUAUCCAGCCCAGGUGAGCUUGGGAUUCUGGGCAUUUCUUUCUGGGGACCCAACACCUGCCUGGAAAUGCCUUUUAGAACUCCUGGAUUCAACAACUCCCCAAGCCCUUGCUAUCCAAAGGCCUCUGUGUCUAAGCCUCAGAGGCUGUCACCUGGGGCUACACACCUGAACAGGAGGGGAGCACUCAUGAGCAAACAGAGUCUGUAUGGCAACAAAUUUCAAAUUGGCUUCUCCAUACUACAUCCAAGCUAAAACAAGACUUGUGACUGUUGUGCCUGGCUGCAUAUAAAAAGUACAUGGAGACGAUUUAAACCUGAGUGUGGUAACUCUUCUUGCAUGUCCCUGCUCACCUUCUCCCCUCCGGUCUCUUAAAGGAGAUCGAUUUCUCACUCUUCCCCUCAGUCUCUUUUCGCUUUUGUCUGUCUCUCCGUGUGACAGAAGAGACUUAGCUGUCAUUUUCAUCGGCAGACAUCGCCAGAAUCAUAAGCUUUUGAGCCUGCUGUUGUUUAAGAGAUAGAAAGAUAGAAAUUCUAUAUUAAAUUCAUAUAUAUAAAUA